AUGAAGGUUACUGUGCUGGUAUCGUCUUGCCUUCUUGGGGGCGCCCUCAGUAGUGCUCUGCCCAACCGUGAUGGGAGCUUGAGCCUGGAGAAGCGCGAAUGUGCCCAUAACAACCUGCUCCGUUGCUUCAUCGCUACUCCGACUUUGGCCUUCCCGUUCUGCAAGUCGAGGGCCGGCUUUGCUUCGCCCACAGCUAGCACAACCGUGGUGUCUGUCACUCCCACCGUCACUGUUACGGCGCAAGCUACGACCAUAAAGACCUUGAGCUCGACCUCGACCUCCACUUCUGAAUCAACGACGACCACCACUAGCGUGGCGACAACUACGGCGCCUCCGUCUAUCACGACUCAGACUUUUACUGCGAAGCUCAAGAGAAGAACCACCAUCACGAUUGUAGCCCCUCCAAGUGAGCAGAAUCAAUGCCCAACGACGAGCACAGUUUACAAGCGUGAUGUGGCACGUACCUCUCUGGCCUGCAUCGCCAACCUCAAUCCAUCAACGAAAUCCGUUAGCAGCGUGUGCUCUUGCUUCAUUGCUAGUGCUGCGGCCGCUUUGACGCCCGUCACCGAGACGCUUGAGGCGCCUACAGUCUAUGUCACUCCCACAACUUCGACUUCGACUGCCUCAACUACUGCUGUGGAUACCAUCACGGUCACUGAGAUCACAACCGCCACCGAGACGAGCACGUUCACCACGACUGUUUGCGUUGUCACCGAAAUUUAA